AUGAGGAGGCUAGAGAGGAGCAUUAUGCUGGAGAUAAUGCCGCCAGUGCUGUGGAAACACAGAACACAAGAUACCACAGAUGAAAGUCAUAGCAAGACAGAGCAAUCUGAAAACAAGGAAAAUAAUGAGUUUAAGGAUGAGUCUAAUACCCAUGGUACUGAAGAAGCUCAUAUUGAUCAACAUGAGUUAGUCUCAAAUAAAACAGAAUCAGAAAAAACUGAGAAGGCUGAUUCAGGCAAUGGGAACCAAGCAUUGAUGGAGAGUGAUGGACAUAAAAGGGAUGGGGAGCAAGCUGAUUCCACUUCAACAUCUUCCUCAGAAAACUAUGUCAGCAAUGCAACCAAUGGAGAGUCCAAGGACUCACCUACUAAUGCUGCUGACAAGCAAAACGUUGACAGCAAUUCUGACAAGGGAGCGCAAGAUAAUGUGUGUCAUCCAGUACAGGUGACAACAAAGAUGCUAGCCAGGAGGUACAACAAACUUCCUCUGGUGCUUCAUCUGAACAGAAGAAAGAUGAUUCCUCAAAAGAAAGAUGCAUCUUCCGGGAACAAUGCUGAUGCAGUGCAGAGUGAGAAACAGAACAAUGUUCAAAGCCAGACAAAUGAAACUGGAGGUGCUCAAAAAGAAUCAUCUGUUGCAGGAAACCAGAAAGAAGAAUCAACCGAUUCCAACUCGCAGGAUCAAGUCAGGUCUGAAUCUUGA